UUUUUGCCUCCAAUUCCAACGAUUAAUUUCCAUUCUCCCCUGAAAUUAUUUAAUUCAGAACUUUCUGUACAGAUUCCGGCGGAACCUGCAAAUGAUGGGAUUGAAGCAGCUCCCCAGUCGACAGCUCCCACACCAAUCUCCACGAACAUAGCCCCAAAUGUAAAGUCAGUCAAAGUAAGCAACAUCUCGCAAGCCAUUUCCGACAAGGAUAUCAAGGAAUUCUUAUCAUUUUCCGGAGAUAUUCAACAUGUUGAGAUGCAACGGGAAACUGAAAAUACACAGCUUGCCUACGUUACCUUCAAGGAAGCACAAGGAGCAGAUACAGCAGUUCUUUUGUCGGGAGCCACCAUAGCAGAUCUUCCUGUCACCAUUACAACUGCCAAGGAUUACAAGCUGCCUCCUGAAGCUAUUCCGCUCCCAUCAAGCCCGGAGAAAAAGCCAGCUGCUGCUAGUUCUGCUGUAAAGAAGGCAGAAGAUGUGGCCAGCGCUAUGCUUGCCAAGGGAUACAUCUUAGGAAAGGAUGCGAUUAACAAGGCGAAAGCGUUUGACGAGAGGCAUAAGUUGACGUCAAAUGUCUCUGCCACAGUCGUUUCAAUUAACGAAAGGAUGGGGCUGAUGGAGAAGCUAGGUGCUGGAAGAGCUGUUGUCAGCGAAAAGGUGAGAGAGAUGGAUCAAAAGUUCAUGGUAUCUGAAAAGACAAAGUCUGCCUUUGCUGUUGCCGAGCAGAAGGCAAGCAGUGCGGGAUCUUCUAUCAUGAGCAACCCUUAUGUAUUGACCGGGGCCUCAUGGGUUUCUAACGCACUCAGCGCAGUUGCAAAGGUGGCUGAGGAUGUGGGCAUGAUGGCCAAGGAGAAGGUGGAGAGCACCGAGGAGGAAAAAAUGGAGAUAAUGCACAGGCAGAGGACAGAGGUCAUCACUGACUUUGCACAAACCCAUCUUGACGAAUCUUCUGCCCCGGAGCCUCCAGUUGCUCCAGUCAGUUCUCCUGAUGAUACAAAGCCCGGUGUUAAAUGACCGAUGUGCACAAAUGAAUCAUUUUUCGGUUUCUCUGUAUCAUAUGGCUUCAUACAAGGAUUCUGUUGCAUUAUUGCAUACAAGGAUUCUAUACUGCACAGCCUUAUUCGGUAGGAA